GUCACCGUAACUGAGGGAAAAUGAUGGAAGAAAGUGGAAUAGAGACCACUCCACCUGGAACCCCUCCCCUGAACCCUGCAGGCCUGGCCGCGGCCAUGCCCACCACUGAGGUUCACUUAGCUGCAACCAGUUCCUUCUCAUCUCCCAAUGUGUCUGGGAUGGAGUCCCUGACACCACAUGCCUAUUCCACGCCUCAGCCGUCCCUGCCCCCUGUGCAGCCGUCAGCACCCCCUCCUUUUGUGCCGAUGUCUACAGCUCCGUCUGCUCCCCUAAGUGGCACCUCUGCGCCGCCCUCCGUGUCUCCGUCCCCUGCCACCGCCUUCAGCAGCCCACCUUUAUCCCCCUUCCCACCUGCGACUUCUGCCUCUGGUGCGCUUUUAUCUGCGCCACCUUCGGGUCCUCCUAUAUCAGGAUUUUCUGUCGGUACCGCUUACGAUAUCACAAGGGGCCAUGCCGGGAGAGCACCCCAGACACCGCUGAUGCCGUCCUACUCAGCGCCCCCAGUCACAGGUAUUCUGCCAGCCCCCAUUACUCAGCAAGCCAGUAUGACAUCUCUGGCACAGGGACCUGGAACCACAUCAGCCAUUACUUUCCCCGAGGAGCAGGAAGAUCCUAGAAUUAUUCGAGGCCAGGAUGAUGCACCUGCCGGUGGGAUCUGGGGCUUUAUCAAGGGUGUUGCUGGGAAUCCUAUGGUGAGAUCUGUGCUUGAUAAGACCAAGCAUUCAGUGGAGAGCAUGAUUACGACGCUGGACCCCGGCAUGGCUCCCUAUAUCAAAUCUGGAGGUGAAUUGGAUAUUGUUGUAACCUCAAAUAAAGAAGUGAAAGUGGCUGCUGUCCGAGAUGCCUUCCAGGAAGUCUUUGGCUUAGCUGUGGUUGUGGGGGAAGCUGGACAGUCCAAUAUUGCCCCACAGCCAGUAGGCUAUGCAGCUGGAUUAAAGGGCGCCCAGGAACGCAUAGACAGCCUGCGGAGGACCGGCGCGAUCCACGAGAAGCAGACUGCUGUGUCAGUGGAGAACUUCAUUGCUGAGCUGCUGCCCGACAAGUGGUUUGACAUCGGCUGCUUGGUGGUUGAAGACCCAGUGCAUGGCAUCCGCCUGGAAGCCUUUACUCAAGCCACACCGGUGCCUUUGGAGUUUGUGCAGCAGGCGCAAAGCCUGACUCCCCAGGACUACAAUCUGAGGUGGUCAGGCCUGUUGGUGACAGUGGGGGAAGUCCUGGAAAAGAGCUUGGUAAACGUCAGCCGAACUGAUUGGCACCUUGCUUUCACUGGCAUGUCUCGCCGACAGAUGAUCUACAGCGCAGCCAAGGCUCUGGCGGGCAUGUAUAAGCAGCGCCUGCCUCCCAGGCCCAUGUGAGACCAGCUGCUGGGAAACGGAGACCUGCCGUCACCCUUGGCUCUGUGUUAGAGGAGACGGGAUAGUUCCAGAGAAUCCAACAGUUUUUACAAUUGUUCUGUAGGCUGCGGUCCUUUUAAAAGAAUAAAAAAUAAAUAAAGGCACAGGUGUCAUCCCAGUAAAACAGAAGAAGUAGAUGCUCUUUUCACUGUCAUGAUUUCAUACAUCCUAAUU